ACGAAGGAGGUGCUGCCGGACCCUGAGCUGGUGAGGAAGCUCAACUGGUUCCUCUCCCCUGCGCUGGCUCUGAGUGACGGCUCCUCUGGGGCCCCCUCCAGCCUGGAGCUCACCUACAUCACUGACUUCUUUCUGGCUCUGGCCAUCUGUAACAGCGUGGUGGUGUCCUCUGCCAGCCAGCCGCGACACGUGGUGCGUGAAGAACAGACCCCUCUCAAGUCCCUGGAGGAAAUCAAGACGGUGUUCCAGCGCCUGAGCUUCUCUCCGUUCUCAGCCUUCUCCAUCCUCUCCCCUCCCCAGAUCAAAGUCAGCCCCCACAGCCUCGCCCACCGGAAGUUUGCCAGGGGGAAGACUGGCUCGCUGAACUUCCCCCCCUCCAGUAACAGCACCACGGACGAGUCAGAAUCAAGCCUGGAGGGCACCCUGGAAACCUCCAGGCUGAGACCUAAACCGGACCUAUCUUCUAGAGUCAUGGAAGGGAACUCAGGACAGACGGCUGGCAGGGAGGUAAAGGAUGAUGUCAUAGAUUCAAAGACGGACGGGGCCAGGCAGGAUGCGGAGGACUUGACCCUAGAAGAGGAUUGUAAGUGUGAGGCUGAUGAAGAGCUGCUGUACGAGGCGGAGAGUCCGGACGAGGCGGCCCUAGUCCACGCGGCCCAGGCGUACUGCUGCACCCUGAGGGGCCGCUCGGCAGAGAGCCUGACGGUGGAUCUGCCUGGGAUCGGCUCCCUGUCCGUCCCCCUGCUCCACAUCCUGCCCUUCGACUCAGACAGGAAGAAGAUGUCCGUGGUGGUCCGCCACCCGCUCACAGGACAGGUGGUGGUCUACACCAAGGGAGCCGACUCCGCCAUGAUGGACCUGACGGGGGCACCAAAAGGUGCAGAUGAGGCUCAGGAGAUCUACAGACACAUCAAAGAACAAACCCAAAACCACUUAGACAGCUAUGCCAGAGAAGGCCUCCGCACACUCUGCAUCGCCAAAAAGGUAACGCUCAGGAAGGCCAAACAAAAUAACUUUGUUCAUUAA